CUCGUAAGAUAAAUUUGUAUCUGACUGGAAUAUUUUUUUUAUUUAACCGCAGCGUUAUAGAGGGUGUAUACUCUAAAAAUAUUGUUUAACGAGCAGUAAACAGAAUAUUACAAAUUAUUCCUACAAUGGAAUAUAACAAGGAGGGAGAUUCGGUAUCCUUAACUGGAUCUAAUAGUAGUAUUACAUCUAAUGCCGACGGUACAUCAAGGCAUAAUCCAAAAAUCUUAUCUGAAGAUGACACCCAAAUACAACUACUUAAAGAAGCUAUGUCUGAAACUGUCACUGAAAAUGGUGUCUUAAUUAAGGAAAUUUCUGAGUUAUUAGCUGAACUAGAAAUUAAUUCAAAAACACUGCCUAAUGACAUUAAAGAAGGCUUACAAAAGAUGUGUUUAAUUAUUAAAUCUGAAGGGAUAUCAGAAUUCGAUGAAACAGCAUUAGCAAUCGCUCAAGAAAGAAAGAAAUUCGAAAAAAGAAAAAGUGAAUGGGAAAAAAAAAUUUUAAAGCAAAAACAUGAAGCUGUAUUUAAGAGGUAUGCAUCUUGGCAGAAGAAACUUGGAACGAUUCAAGAAGCUGUCACUUUGCUUGAAAAUCAAAUAGAACAAGCCCAUAAUCAAGCAGAAAAUGAAUAUCCAAAUCAUGUUUUAUUGACCUCAAAAAUUAAUGAUUAUAGAGAAACAAUUAGUCAAUUAAAGGGACAGUUAAAUGAUAUGCAAGCUGUAGAAUUUGAUUCUGCUGUUAUUCUAAAUAAAUUCAAAAGUUAUAUGGAAUUAACAGGUACCUUAUCUGAGUUAAAUCAAUCUUUAAGUUAUUAUAGCGACCUACCACCUAAUUUAUUGCAAGCAAGAGCACUCCUUGAAAGUAAACAAAGAGAAUACGAUGAAAUUAAUAAAUUAAUGUUAAAGAAUACUUAAACUAAGGUUCGACGAUAUGAACACACUAAUUACAGAUAUAUUUUUAUCAUCGCCAUUGAUUAAAAACUACCACUGAUUCAUACAAGUUACUAGACUCAACCUGCCUGUAUUUACCUUGCAUGAUUUGUUUAUAUGUCUAAAUUUUGUAUUCAUGAUAAAAUUUUUAGAAUAAAUGAAAUUUUAUUUGUA